UCCUAAAAAAUUAAAUAAAUGGGAGCUUCCUCAAGAGUCUGCUCAGUAGAGCAGAAAUAUAAUCUCCUGCCCUGAGCUCUCAGGAGAUUAGAUACUGUGGGUCAUGACAAAGCUGCUUAUGUUGGAAUACGCAGGGCACCGAGGGUCCUACGUUCGCGGAUGGUUUACCUGGAGCCGUUUCUCAGCACAGAUCGAGAGCGCAGUACCAAGUGGGGCUUCACUGGGAAUGGUGAGCAGUUAUGGUGACUGCGUAGCAGGCAGAGGUGUGCUUACGUUCUUCUGGGUAAACUUUCUGCCGUGCGUCAUAUGGAGGGCCAGGCAGUCGCUGCACGGAUGAGGGAGUGGUGGGUGCAGGUGGGUCUGCUGGCUGUGCCCCUGCUUGCGGCCUACCUGCAUAUCCCACCCCCCCAGCUUUCCCCUGCCCUUCACUCCUGGAAGUCGUCAGGCAAAUUUUUCACCUACAAGGGACUGCGCAUCUUCUACCAAGACUCUGUGGGUGUGGUUGGAAGUCCUGAGAUAGUUGUGCUUUUGCAUGGCUUUCCAACAUCCAGCUAUGAUUGGUACAAGAUUUGGGAAGGUCUGACCCUAAGGUUUCAUCGAGUGAUCGCCCUUGAUUUCUUGGGCUUUGGCUUCAGUGACAAACCGAGACCACAUCACUAUUCCAUAUUUGAGCAGGCCAGCAUUGUGGAGGCACUUUUGCGGCACCUGGGGCUCCAGAACCGCAGGAUCAACCUUUUGUCUCAUGACUAUGGAGAUAUCGUUGCUCAGGAGCUGCUCUAUAGGUUCAAGCAGAAUCGAUCUGGUCGGCUUACCAUAAAGAGUCUCUGUCUGUCAAAUGGAGGUAUAUUUCCUGAGACUCACCGUCCUCUCCUACUCCAAAAGCUCCUCAAAGAUGGAGGCGUGCUGUCACCCAUCCUGACACGAUUGAUGAACUUCUUUGUAUUCUCCCGAGGUCUCACCCCAGUCUUUGGGCCGUACACCCGCCCCUCUGAGAGUGAGCUGUGGGACAUGUGGGCAGGGAUCCGCAACAAUGACGGAAACUUAGUCAUCGACAGUCUCUUACAGUACAUCAACCAGAGGAAGAAGUUUAGAAGACGCUGGGUGGGAGCUCUUGCUUCUGUAACUAUUCCCAUUCAUUUUAUCUAUGGGCCACUGGAUCCCGUAAACCCCUAUCCAGAGUUUUUGGAGCUGUACAGGAAAACGCUGCCGCGGUCCACAGUGUCGAUUCUGGAUGACCACAUUAGCCACUAUCCACAGCUAGAGGAUCCCAUGGGCUUCUUGAAUGCAUAUAUGGGCUUCAUCAACUCCUUCUGAGCUGGAAAGAGUAGCUUCCCUGUAUUACCUCCCCUACUCCCUUACCUGUUGUGUAUUCCACUUAGAAAGAAAUGCCCAAAAGAGGUCCUGGCCACCAAACGCUAUUCUCUCACAAAAGUCCACCUGACUCACUUGUGAUCAGCAUAUAGUUAAAAAGCCCACGGAAGCUCUGGCUAAGGAUGGCCCGAACAGUCCACCUCCCAUUCUUCUAACAUCUGAGCGAGUGUAUGGACUUGCUUUUGUCUUUGUGCUAUCAGAAAAUUCUGAUGAGCAUGACUACUCACAGAUUCAGAAAGACAGACGUUUUGAAAGUCUUUCUGACAAUUCUGUGGACUUUUCUGGAAUAUUUAGAAAUGCUAAUUUCUGGCCCAUCCUCGAUUGGAAUCCUAUGGUAAAGAAUGAGGAGAGGGGGGUCUCCUUACCUGUCCUCAAAUGGCCGUAAGGGCACACGCUUUCAUAACUUCUCUAAGCAACACGGCUUAGUGAGAGUGAGUCUCCCUUGUCAUAACUUUGGAUUUCGUUCCAUCAGCUGCUUUUAAUUAUAGGCAUUUUGUUGACCUAGGUUUUGGUUUGAAUAUGCAGUAUUCUAAGUAUACUUUAAUACUAUGAUUUACCUGCACGUAUUAUAUGUAUUUUAUAAGAAUACUAAACCAGCAGAUACUCUGGCAGAGUAGUGAACCUUAUUCAACAGGUUUCAUUUCUGAGUAAAUUGAAUUAAACCCAGACUAUUUACAGAAUUUCCUAAAAUCACAGGAUGUUAAGGACCAGUAGCAUCCUUGCCAGAGAUUUACUGUUAUUAGCUAAUUCUAACAGCAAAUAACAGUCUGACUCUUCAUACCUCAGUGCUUAGAAGCAUGUCCCUCCUGAGCUGGAGGGGAGGGGAUCGUUGUAUAGUCCAAGUUACCGUGCUGAAUGUACAUGGAUUCCUUUUAUGACGAUUACUUAACUUCUCGUUGGUUGUCCUAGAGAAGCUUCCUCUCGUAGCUCAGUAAUUCCUGUACUUUGUAGACAGGAAAGUUCUGAAACUUUAAGAACAAAUUCUGAAAGGCCUAUGCGCAAAUGGUGCUGAAUACGUUUUUUUUAAGCCACAGCUUCACUGUCUUAGUCAAAACAGGAUGAUUGAGUGAUUAUUUUAAAUUUUUUUUUUUAUUAGCAACUUGAAGUAUAACGACUGAAACUGGAAUAAGUGUUUAUUUUCUAUUAAUAAAAAUGAAUUUUGACAAAA